GAAUAAGGAAGAAGAAGUGUGAGAAAGACUGACUCUGUACUUCUGAUGAUAGACACUUACAUCGCAUUCAAGGAACACGUUUGAUCAGUUCUUGCUUUCACUGGAUUGUGAUCAAUUCUGUUUUUUCUGUGGAUAUCUGAGACUGAAGUCAAUCUGGAAUGAAGGCUGCCGUCCUCAUCUUCAUCACUCUCUGCCUGAUCUCAGGUCAAGUGCUUUGUUUCAGUGUGUUUGGAUGCCCUGGAGGGAGUGUAAUGUUCAAGUGCAUGUACAAGAACGAGAGUAAGACUGAUGAUCCACAUAAAGAGAAGUAUUUCUGCAGAGACAGGAGCUGUAAGAUGGCCAUCAUCAGUACUGAUGUUCAGAGUCGAUGGGUUUAUAACGGGAGAUUCGCUCUGUAUGAUGAUGAAAACAGCAGAUUCUUCACAGUGUUUAUCAGGAACCUCACAAUAGAGGAUGAAUGGGAAUAUACAUGUGGAAACAAACAGACAUGGAGUCAUAAUGUUAAGUUAGUGGUGAGCAGAAAUGUAUGUCUUGGACAGAUCUGCAAUGUCAUGUUCCUUGUAGAGAUGGCGAUAGAGAGCACAAAGCCUCCUAAGCCUCGUUGUGGGACGUCUGUUAUCCGAGAGAGGUAUCUUGGACAAAAGAAGGUCACUUUCCACUGUGAAUAUGAUGAGAAGUUUAAAACACACACCAAAGUUUUCUACAGACUGAACAAGGAUCCCGUCCAUGUCCUGAACACCUCACAAUCAUCACAAUCAUCACAAUCAUCUGAGGGGAAGUUCAUUCUGUCUGACAGUCAUAAAGAUUAUUUUAAUGUGACCAUUAGAAAUAUUUCUGCAGCGGACGGAGGAGUUUAUUUAUGUGGAGUGGAGAGAGACGAAUCAGCUCAUCGACCUUCAGAAACAUCAAUCACUCACAUAACCUUCAUUAAAGAGGUCCAUCAGAAUGUUAAUAGUAAAAUAACGUCUGUCCAGGUUCAGGCCUACUCCAGUAAAUCAGUCUUCAUCGACUGUACAUUUCCACAAACAUUCAGAGGAAACAAGAAGUUCAUCCAGAAAGAUUCACAGAUGAAGAUCUUCGUUGAUGAACACAAUCAAUGGAGUCGUCAUGAUAAAGUGCAGAUGUAUGAUGAUCCCAGUGAAGGACGUCUGAAGGUGUUUAUCAGCGAUUUAACCGCGGCUGAUAAAGCGACGUACAGAUGUGGAGUGAAAAUCAAUGAUGAUGAAGAUCUGUUCUCUGAGAUUAAACUCACAGUAAAUCAAGUUGAUCAUUUUCCUGCAUCAAGCAAAGCAUCUGCUAUUAUUGGUGAAAGUGUGAAACUCACCUGCAAUUUCCCCGAGAACCACGACAUGACCGUCAAACACAUCUGCAAAGAGAACCAGCAGAAGAUCUGUGAAAGCAUCAGUUCAUCAGAGAAGAAACGCUUUGAGUUUUCUGCCAGUAAAGCAGGAGUUUUCACAGUGAGCAUCAGUAAUGUGAGUGUGAGAGAUGCUGGAGUUUACUGGUGUGGAGCCGAAACCAGACACACACAUCUGACUUCUGUCUCUCUCACCAAUCAACAUCAACUCACACCAACUAGUACGUACAGCACCCAUAAAUCACAUUACAUAUGCAUAUAUUACAGAACAUAA